AUGGGAUUAUUUCUUCGCUCUAUGGGCGAACAAAUGAGAGCUGCUGCUGCUAAGAUAUAUUUGCUCCUAUUCUUGCUUUUCGCUCUUCACUAUCCCUCUUCAGCUAGUGAAGAACCAGACGCCACAUUCAAACGUUUCUGUGCGAAUCCACCAAAUGGAGGAAGUGGGAGACUAGAUGAGAAAACGAUGCAAUGCGAAGUGACCUACAAUGUCAUCUCCUCGGACGAAACCGCCGCCUACAAGUUUUGCGACAUGCAACAUCCGUUUUCUCUGGUAAAGGCCGUAGCGCAAGGACCUCGUACGCUUUGUUCUAUACGGACGUUUUUGAAGUGUGAAAUCACUGAGGUACUUAUCAGCGAGACCUGCUAUCUGGUUAGACGAGUUGAAAGUCAUGCAAAGGCCAAAGCCUGUGGACAAAGACACAAACUUCAUGUUAUUAAGCAUAGCUUCGAGCAAAAGUGGAUUACGGCUUUCAUGACUGAAUAUAAUAUGAUAUGGAUUGGAAACAAUCAGGACCAGUUGAACGGUCUCAUCCACAAAACGUUCCCAGGAAAAGUUUUGAAUGGAGCAUCAGGUCGACUUAUUAGUGGAAGUACGGGAUCACUUGCCAUAUUAACACGCAAAGGAUCGGCAUCACGUUUGAGAGCUGGUGUCAUAACAAAAGCUGACUCAGAAUCACUUUUUCCGAUUCUUUGCUCGCGAAAUGCAGAUCAGUACCCUAGUUAUAUAACAUCAAUGAUCGAGCGGCUUAACGAACUUGGAAUAAGCUCUUCUGUGUUCACCGACCGUGAAAACCGACAACGGGCGUUCGCUUUGCUACGAUCUGUUGUUGAAUUCGAGAUGAAGACUGCAUAUGAUACAGGGACUCAGCGCCACCACAAAGUCUGCAAGGGUUUCAAAAAUGGAUUCGCAGCAACCCCUCUAGAUUUUCAAAAUGUGAAUGAUUUUAAGAACUUCCUGAAGAAGGAGAAGGUCAACAUCGUCUCCGUUCCUGGACGGAGACUGCCUUCCGAUCAAACUCCAAAUUUGAAUAAGUGCGAUAAGGAUCCACGGUAUCAAAGUGCUCGCCAACAAUUUGUUUUUGAUCUCCCUACGGGCGUAGAGAAGAAGGUCCCCAACGAAUAUUGGAGGCCUGAAUUUCCAACUAGGACGUGUGCCGAUACUCCAAGAAUCGCUCUUGGAUUUUCACAAGAAGGUUUAGUUGAUGUCCCCGCCAUUGCUCGCAUGCUUUUAGUGUGUACAUUUGGUGCUCCUAUUUCCAUUGAGCGUACUCCCGACGACGAUUGCCAUUAUCUUGCUCAUUAUAACAAGGCUAAAGGUGCAUGUGAGUGUAAUGAUCCGAAUGCGGACAUUUUAGUAACGAAACUUAUCCGAAGAUCAAGUCAAGAAGAGUCUUUGAAGCCUGGAACACUGUGCCUGGACUGCGAAGCAAAUCCUAAUCAUCAUGUGUUCGUCGUUUUUGAUUUGCACAGCAGUUUUAAAUCUCUGCUGAAGAGUCUUAUGAAAACCUUUUACGUGACGUUUGCUACUCGGCAUACGACUGUAAUCCUUUAUGCAAACGGACAUCCAUUCAUGGGGCAGUUCGCAUGCAAUCCAGCCAAUGUUUUAGCAUCUUGGAAAAUGGUGGAACAAGCGCUGGAUGGUGUGCCAUUUAAGGACCAAAGCAAUAGUGGCGCACCUGAAGUAAUCGCUAAAGCAGAUGAAUAUUUCGCGGAUCUUGCUACUACAAACAAGGUGCUCGUUCUGUUUACUGGAGGUUACCAAAACAAGCAAGGUGAAGUUAAAAGUGUUGUUGACAAGAUCAUUCGAGGAAAAGUUGAUGUUGUUACAGUAGGGACUGGAAAAGCAACUACUGAAGAGUUGCAGCAGUUCAGACCAGCUGCCUCUAGCAUUUUUCCUAAUGCAAAUAGCGCUAACGUGCAACAGCUAAUAACGGAGUUGACAACUAAGAUGGAUAGAAUAUUCGUCCGAAAUGAAUGUGUUCCGAAGUAG